GCCGCGGAAUCUGCCUCGGGACGCCUGGAUUCACGUGCGCGUGCAGGGUCGCCUCGGGAACCUACUGCUGGACUUGGCCAAUGCCAUGGCAGUUGCUGUGCAGACGAAUGGCCAAGGGGUGGUCUUGAGCCGCGGGCACCACCUCUUCUCCCGACCGGGGGAGGAUCUCCCGGGUCUCUUGGGCCAACUGCUGGAGGUGCCCCUAUCCGUCCCGGAGUCCAUCCGCCGUGAUGCGACGGUGGUGGCUGCCCUUCGGAAGCGGCAGAGAACAGCUCAAGGCACGGGCGCGCCCAGCCAGACGGCCGGCGUCUCCGCCGCCACGGUAUGGUCAAGAAGCUCGCUGGGAACUGGCGAGGGCAGCUUCCUCAGCUCCGAGCUGACGUUGCCUCUUCGCCGGAGGUUUCUCCAGACUGUUCUCUUUCCUUUGCUGAAUCGGACUGCAUGUCCCCCUUCACCCACGCCGGGGCCGCGGCUGACGGUGCACCUCAGGGGUGGUGACACCAUCCCGGCCCUGUCGCCG